CGCCCGCGCCAUCCGCUCCAAGCUGACGGCGGCCCUGCAGCCCACCCACCUGCACCUGGAGGACCACUCCUCCCGGCACGGCGGCCCCCCCGGCGCCGAGACCCACUUCGGGGUGCUGGUGGUCAGCGGGCGCUUCGAGGGGCUCAGCCCCAUUGAGCGGCACCGCCUGGUGCACGCCGCCCUGCGCCCGGAGCUGCAGGGCCCCCUGCACGCGCUCAGCAUCGUCGCCCGCACCCCCCAGCAGUGGGAGCGGGACCCCCGCCUCCCCCAGCCGCCCCCGUGCAUGGGGGGGUCCAAGCGGGAGAAGAGCGGGGCUGAAGGGGACGCGGCGGCGCGAUAGGUGCUGCCGUGUCACGAUAGAUGCUGCGGUAUCGCGAUAGGUGCUGCCAUGUCGCGAUAGGUGCUGCCAUGUCGCGAUAGAUGCUGUAAUGUCGCGAUAGGUGCAGUGUCAUUGCGUCGGCUGCUGUGUCAUCGCAGUAGAUGCUGUGUCAUUGUGAUAAAUGCGGUGUCGUCGCGACGGAUGCUGCAUCAUUGUGAUUAGUGCUGCGUCACUGUAAGCGCUGCGUGGUUGCGGCAUGCGUCGUCGCGAUAGAUGCUGCGUCGUCGCGAUAGGUGCUGUUGUCAUUGCAAUAGAUUGUCUCAUCGCGGCGGAUACUGCGUCAUCAACAUGGGUGCUGUGUCAUGGCAAUAAACGCUGUGUCAUGGCAAUAAAUGCUGUGUCAUCGUGA